ACAACGGUGGGGGUGGGGUCGAUGAAGGAACUGCGGGCUGCAGGCCUGCGGAAGCAGUGGCUUUCCGAGAGGCUUUCCGAGAGGUGUCGCAUGUGCCACCUGCAUGCCGCGGCCAGAGAAGUCCAAGGUCGCUGAAGGUUGCCUACCGCGAUCUUCCCAUCAGCAGUGGCCACUUUUGGGCACCGAACUUCCAGCGCUUUACCACCGACGCACGGGGGCGUGGUUACACACUACCGUACAGGAGAGGGCCCCAGCAGCACGCUUCUUCUGCCGGGCGUGAUGGCUCUUCUUCUGCUGGGCGGGGUGGUCUUUCCAGCCUUGGUGGGCGUGGUGGUUUUUCUUUCGCUACACGCGGUGGUUAAAUGGGGCGUGGGCGAGGCUACUAAAGUCUUAAGUCCGAAGGCUGCGACGCGAAUUUUGGUGGAUAGACCAUGAGAUUGAAGAGCGUAAAGACGAAGAGAAAAGACUUGAUCAACAGGAAGUUGUUGAUGGCUUGCUUGAUGGCUGGGCUGGCGAUGUGGUUUUCCUUUUCGAUUCGGAUACGCGUCACUGCUGGCAGAAACAACCACUUCACCCGAGGAGCUUAAUUACCUGGAAUUUCUCG